AUGUCCCAGCGUGGCGUCAUAGUCCACGCGGACGAUGUGCUCGUGUGCGGAAGGGACAGAGCAGAACAUGAUGUAAGGCUCAUAGCAGUUCUGACCCGACUCCAGGAGACUGGCCUGACACUCAAUGAAAAAUGCACUUUUGCACAAUCAGAGGUCUUGUUCUUGGGACACAAAAUCAGUGCAGCUGGAAUAGAGCCGGAACCAGAGAAGAUCAGCGCCAUCACAGAUAUGCCCAGACCCCAGAAUGUGGCUGAAGUCAGGACCUUCUUAGGCAUGGCCACAUAUGUGGGUAAGUUCCUCCCACAGUUCUCAGAUACAACCAAACCUCUGAGAGACUUACUAGCCAAAGAGAAUGACUGGUCAUGGGGUCACAUGCAACAGGUAGCGUUUGACAAAAUCAAAGGAGAUCUGGCCUCACAGAGAGUGCUGGCCCAGUACCGUCCCCACGCUAAGACAAAAGUAUCAGCAGAUGCAUCAUCCUUGAUGCAGGACAACAUGGAGUGGCAUCCAAUAGCAUACAUCUCCCGAAGCUUAUCCGACACAGAGCAAAGAUAUGCUCAAGUGGAGAAGGAGGCGUUGGCUAUCACAUGGGCAUGUGAAAGGCUCAGCCAAUACCUUAUUGGCCUGCACUUUACAGCAGAGACUGAUCACAAACCACUGUUGGCUCUGUUAGGGACAAAAGCACUGGACGACUUGCCUCCCAGAGUUCUGCGCCUCCGCCUCAGAUUACUGAGGUUCACCUACAAGAUGGUGUAUGUGCCAGGGAAGGCACUGAUCACAGCAGAUACCAAACUGCAGCAGAUUGCAGAGGAGCAACAACGAGACCACAUCUGCCAACAGAUAGUGCAGCAGUGCAAAAAGGGAUACCUUUCUACCAGGCCAGAGCUCAGUGUGUCCAGCCAUCCCCACACCUCGCCCUUCUCCCUGGGUAAUCGUGAGCUCACCACUGUGUCCCUGAAAGUGGCAGAGGAUAGCCCGCUAUGCCACAAGCCCAGAGUGAUCCGCAGCAGUGCCCGCUUCGGAGUGCCCAGCCACAGCCCUUUCUUCUGUAGGAACAACCCCCACCCACAGAGGGUCAGGCACAUCAAGGGUAUCAAUGACAAACAAAUCUGUGCUGUCAAUGAUGUCACCUUUGGCCAGUUUCCCCAGUACUGCUUGGGCAGGGUCUUGACCCUUGAGAAGAAUCUGGUGUUGCAGUCAAACAUACCGACAGCGGCCAUCGGCACCAACAGCACCUACCUCCCUAUUGACGUCCUCACGGGCCUCCAGUUCUUCCCCCUGAAGCAGACGGAUUCCCCCUCUCUGAGGUUAUUGACCAAGGCCUGGCGUGAGGAGUUGAGAGAGUUGACAGAGAGGGCAGGGCUUUUGGGAGCAGGUGGAAGAGGCAGUGGUGUCGCCUUCUUUCCCCAGUCCAGCUGUGUGUCAGCCCUCGGGGGGUCUAGAGAUGACAGAGAGGGGAACCUUAAACUACAGCUGAUGGUGAUUGAUAUGUUGUGUCAGAUACUGCAAACUGAAUCUAUAGGAGAUGUCCAGCAAUGGAUUCUGACAGCUGGUCAAAGAGAAAAGGACCAGAUUCUAAGUCUGCUGUCUUCCGCCCUGGCAAAGGACCCUGUCUCAGCCUAUGAGGCUCCAGGAAGAGAGCAGCUGACAGUGAAGGAGGUUCAAAACCUCCCUCCUGCCUCCAGAAUGGCAUCGAUCAGUGAGGAGGAUACCGCCAGAGAUCAUUCCCUAGAAAUUAUGCCAAACUGUGACUUAGGUAAACUGGAGGAUGCAGGCACAGAGAGGGCAGAGUCCAAGACCCACAGGCAGAGACACAUUGCCAGACCCCUGAGUACCCAGAGGACCCUGUGUAGCCCCACCGUGUGCCACCUCAAUCAAAAGGUGGUCCUACGUUACACCAAGCGGGCCCUGAUGCCUCACACACCACCUGAAGUGUUCCAGGCCGAAUGGCCCAACUAUACCCAGCAGGCACCUGGCUCACUCGUGACAUAAAACACAACUCUGGCAAUACACCUGGGGCUGGUUCAGGAAGUUGCAACGUUACUGAACGUUCAGAUAGAAAUGUAUGAUGUAGAAUAGAUACCAUUGUCUGUCAUGUUGAAUAGGUUAUUGUAUCAGCUCUAGUGAUUCUAUUCAUAUCUGCAACACUCUGAACGUUGUGCCCUAAUGAAUGAACCCCUCCUGUGCAUCUCAAUAGACCUCUUAUUCAGCAAUCGGUCAUUUUGGUAGUCAUUUUGGUAGUCAUUUUGUUCUGAUUUGGUUUGAAUUAGAUUUUGAAUUAGUGUUUCAUUGAGGUGGAAAGGGAGUUAAAAUGGGAUUUGAGUAUAAUCAUUAGUUACAACAAUACUUUUUACACUGUAAUGACAUAAGUAGUUACACAGUAAUAAUGGCAAUGUAACGUAAGUGUUACCACAUACUGCACCACUACUAGUAUUUCUAGACUGACAAUUGUUCACACAAAUAGAAUAACAUUAUCUGAAAGAUUAUAAAGACAAUAGGAUCCGUAGUCAAUAUAUCUGUAUAUUUAUCUCACU